ACUCCCCUGGCUGCACGGGCUAAGGCGGCAAUCCUUGCAGCAGCCCGGUCGGACUAUGCAAGGGAUGCUCGGCUUAAAGCGCCUGUUGAGAGCGAGGCUGGGCAGGCGCUGCUCCGUCGUCUUCUGCCUCUUUUGGGCUGCGUGCUGGGCUGCAGGGGGCGUCCUCUUCUUCGUAGCUCAGGGCGGUGUCUUCUCCGGGCGCUGCACUGAUGAGCAGAGCCACAGGAUCCUGGCGAGGCUGUGUCUUGACUACAGAAAAGGAGCCUUGACAGGGGACCUAUGUGAAGACUUGUGUGUGGCACAGAAAUUGAUAUACAAACGCUGUCUUUAUUAUGACAGAGGUAAGAAGGUCAUCGAAGCAGACUGGAGAGGCCACCCAGUGAUCCUGAAGUCCAAAAAUGAAAUAUUCUCUAGCUACCGCCGCCUUGGCUUUCUAGAGGAAAUGGAAUCGCCGGGCAUUCCAGAGACAGAGCUGCUUCUGAUGGUUGCUUUGGAGAUCAAGAACGUUCUGGGCUUAGAACUUCCUAAUAACACAAUGGUACCAUUGUGGACGAAGGGGAGAGGCCCACGUUGGAAAGCACAGUUGGCUAGUAUGUGGUCCUUACUUCAACAAGAGGAAUAUAUUUACUUUAGUGUCUUGCAAGAUUUUAGUAAACAUGUCCUAAGAGUCAUCGGCUCUUGUGGCCACUUUUAUGCUGUGGAGUAUCUGACAGCAGGACAUGCCUGGCACAAGACUCUUUUUUCUGUGGAAGAUGCUGUUGGUGUAUCCUUCUCUGGAAUUAAAAGCAAGGCUAAGGCCAUCACCGAAAUUGCAAUCAGCUUCCUGGAUAUGGUAAACCAUUUUGACAAUGACUUUUCUCAUCGGCUUCAUCUCUGUGACAUUAAACCGGAAAACUUUGCCAUCCGAAAUGAUCUGACGGUGGUUGCUAUCGAUGUAGAUAUGGCUUUUUUUGAACCUAAAAUGAGAGACAUCCUUGAACAGAACUGCACACGAAAUGAGGACUGUAAUUUUUUUGAUUGCUUUUCUAAGUGUGACCUGACAAGCAGAAAAUGCGGAGCAGAGAGAGCCAAUAACAACCUUCAAGUCAUCUGUGAUAAAAUAUUUCGCCCCUGGUUGUCUCUAAAUCUCAGGGGAUCUGCCGUCUCCUUUCCUCUGCAGCUAAAGAUACAGCAGGCAGUGCAGGAAUGUGCAGAACCAGGUACCAAGGACAUUAGCCACGAGAGCCAUUCUCCAAAUUCUCUUUCUGAGUUAUAUCAGUUGCUUCAAGCUAGCCAAAAAGAACUUCAGAACUACCCUCAUCAAAUUCACCAGUGAUUACUAUUCAGGGAAGAAUGACCUUCAUUUUUUGCUUCCAUUCAACUGGAUUAAUUUCUACUUGCUGGUUUUUACUGUGCUUUUGAAAACCAUGAUUGAA